AUGAAGUUUUCAAAAGCAGUUUCGAAAUUAUCUUGGUUCCGUGAUAAUCUACCAAGCGAAUGUUUAUCCAUGAAACAGGAUGAUGUUAAAAAACUUAUUUCGAGAAACGUGAACACUAAAUCACGACCUGUAUCAAUUUCCACCGACAUUAAUAAUCUGUAUGUUGAACAAGAAUAUCAAGAGUAUUCGACGUGUGGAAUCGAAAUUCCAGACUUGACCUCAAAGCUGAAUGUCGAAAGCCUCCGGUAA